AUGCCACUGAAACAUUAUCUCCUUCUGCUGGUGGGCUUCCAGGCCUGGAGUGCAGGGUCGGCCUACUAUGGCUGCCCUAGCGAGUGCACCUGCUCCAGGUCCUCGCAGGUGGAGUGCAAUGGGGCACGCAUCGUGGCCGUGCCCACCCCUCUGCCCUGGAACGCCAUGAGCCUGCAGAUCCUCAACACACACAUCACUGAACUCAACGAGUCCCCCUUCCUCAACAUCUCGGCCCUCAUUGCCCUGAGGAUUGAGAAGAACGAACUGUCUCACAUUAUGCCUGGUGCCUUCCGCAACCUGGGCUCCCUGCGGUACCUCAGCCUCGCCAAUAACAAGCUUCAGGUUCUGCCUAUUGGCCUCUUCCAGGGCCUCGACAACCUCGAGUCACUCCUUCUGUCCAGCAACCAGCUGAUGCAGAUCCAGCCGGCUCACUUCUCCCAGUGUGGAAACCUCAAGGAGCUGCAGUUGCAUGGCAACCACCUGGAGUAUAUCCCUGAUGGCGUCUUUGACCAUUUGGGGGGCCUCACCAAGCUCAAUCUCGGCAAGAACAGCCUCACCCACCUCUCGCCCAGGGUCUUCCAGAACCUGGGCAACCUGCAGGUGCUCCGGCUGUAUGAGAACAGACUCUCGGACAUCCCCAUGGGUACUUUUGAUGGGCUUGGCAACCUCCAGGAGCUGGCCCUUCAGCAGAAUCAGAUUGGCAUGCUCUCCCCUGGCCUCUUCCACAAUAACCGUAACCUCCAGAGGCUCUAUCUGUCCAACAACCAAAUCUCCCAGCUGCCCCCUGGCAUCUUCAUGCAGCUGCCCCAGCUCAACCGCCUCACGCUCUUUGGGAAUUCCCUGAAGGAGCUCUCCCCGGGGAUCUUCGGGCCCAUGCACAACCUGCGUGAGCUUUGGCUCUAUGACAACCACAUCAGUUCUCUACCUGACAAUGUCUUCAGCAACCUCCCCCAGUUGCAGGUCCUGAUCCUCAGCCGCAACCAGAUCAACCACAUCUCCCCAGGUGCCUUCAACGGGCUGGCGGAGCUCCGGGAGCUGUCCCUCCACACCAACGCCCUGCAGGACCUGGAUGCCAAUGUCUUCCGCAUGUUGGCCAACCUGCAGAACAUUUCCCUACAGAACAACCGCAUCAGGCAGCUCCCGGGGAAUAUCUUCGCCAAUGUCAAUGGCCUCAUGACCAUCCAGCUGCAGAAUAACCAGCUGGAGAACCUGCCGAUGGGCAUCUUCGAUCACUUGGGGAACCUGUGUGAGCUGCGGCUCUAUGACAACCCCUGGAGGUGCGACUCUGACAUCCUCCCCCUGCGCAACUGGCUCCAGCUCAACAAGCCCAGGCUGGGGACAGACACCCUCCCGGUGUGUUACAGCCCAGCCAAUGUUCGAGGCCAGUCUCUCAUCAUCAUCAACGUCAAUGUCCAAGGUCCGAGUGCCCAGAGUCCUGUGAUGACCGAGGGGCCCAUCUACCCAGAAACGCCCCAGUACCCAAGCACCUCGGGCUACCCCGACACCACCUCCUCCACGGACUUCACCACCAUGGAGGACUACACAGACCUGACCACCGUCGAGAACACUGAUGACCGGGGCACGUGGGGCAUGACCCGGGCCCAGAGUGGGCUGGCCAUUGCUGCCAUUGUCAUUGGCAUCAUCGCCCUGGCCUGCUCCCUGGCUGCUUGUAUCUGCUGUUGCUGCUGUAAGAAGAGGAGCCACGCGGUCCUGAUGCAAAUGAAAGCGCCCAAUGAGUGCUAA